GGUGUUUUCACUGGGGGGAGGGGGCUGCGGAAGCACAGCAGGGGCUGAGGACUGAGGUCACAAUUAGUCGGAUCCAAGUUCUUUUCCUUCUCUGAUGACCCCUCCCAUCUCCACAACCAGGAACUACUGCCGUCAAGCCCAGGUGAGAGGCCCGAGACACUGCCUGGGGCUGGACUCCUGGGUUCUCAAGGAGCCAAGAGCUGAAAAGAGACAUCCACUCUGGGCAGAAAAAAGCGGUGCCAGAAAUUGAGAAAGUAGUUAUCUAGUCCAUUAAGGUAGGGAUUUAGUCCCAGGGGACAGUUAAGAGCUGAAAGGCGGGCCUUCAUCUAGGCCAGUGGGGACAGAACUGCCUCUGGGAGCACAGCUAAGCCCAGAAGGUGGCGUCGGUGUUGGGGAGGCGCCAGGCCCGGCCGCCCGCACUGGGCCGCAUCGCAGUGGUGGUGGACCAGGGAUCGGGGUUCACCAAGGCGGGCUUCGCGGGUGAGAACCAGCCACGUCUGGUGCUGAAGAGCUCCAGCCUAGUGCCCACCUGGGACCAGCCCGUGCUGCCCGGGGCGCUGGGCUGUGAGCGGGUGGGUGGCGUGGAGCGGGCGCACCCCAUCAAGCAUGGCAUGGUGGUGGACUGGGAGGCGCUGGAGGGCCUCUGGGAGCGCCUGCUGGUAGGCGGUCUGCGGGUGUGCCCAGAGCAGUGGCCGGUGCUGGUGAGCGACUCGCCCUCGGCACCACCCUCAAGCCGCGAGAGGAUAGCGGAGCUGCUGUUCGAGGACCUGGCAGUGCCCGCGUGCCACAUGGCCAGCACUGCGCUGCUGGCUGUCUGCUCCACCGGCGCUUUCAGCGGGCUGGCUGUGGAGGCAGGAGCGGGGGUGUGCCACGCCACGCCAAUCUACGCAGGCCACUCGUGGCACGAGGCCACCUUCCGGCUGGAGGUGGCAGGCACCACCCUCUCGCGCUACCUGCGGGAUCUGCUGGUGGCAGCGUGCCCUCAUCCACUGCUGCAGGCCCUCCCCCGAAAGGCCGUCACUCAGCUCAAGAAGCGCUGCUGCUACNNNUCGCUGGACUUUGAGGGGGACCUCCAUAACUCUGCCCGCCACCAGCCAGCCAGAAUCUGCUUAGGCAAUGGAUGCUCGGUCUACCUCAGCAGCGAGCGCUUCCGCUGCCCUGAGCCCAUCUUUCAGCCGGCUCUGCUAGGCCACACGGAGCCAGGACUGUCGACGCUGGCCUUCUGGGCACUGCGGAAGGUGCCUGAAACGCUGCGGAAGAGGCUGGCUGACACUGUGGUGCUGGCCGGUGGCUCCACACUUUUCCCUGGUUUCACCGAGCGCCUGGAGAUGGAGCUCCUAGCGCAGUGCCAGCAGCAUGGCUAUGGGGCCCUGCAGCCACACCUGGUGGUCAAGCCUGGGCGAGGAACAGCCGUGUGGACCGGUGGCUCCAUGGUGGCUUCACUGCACCACUUCCAACGCCAAUGGAUGACCCGGGCCAUGUACCACGAGUGUGGCUCCAGGCUGGUGCACGAAGUCUUCAACUGA